AUGGGCGACGCAAUCGCCACCCCGCCAUCCGAGCCAUCCGCCCACCCACCACCACAACAACAACAACAACAACGCCCACCCAAGAAGAAGAAUGCCGCCGCCCCGGCCAAAAAAGAAGUGCGAAUCCUCAUGCUCCACGGAUACACGCAAUCAGGCCCGCUCUUCCGCGCCAAGACCCGCGCGCUCGAGAAACUGCUCGCCAAAGCGCUCGCCCCAGCGGGCCUGGUCCCUGCGCUGCUCUACCCGACCGCACCGACCCGGCUGUCGGCGCGGGAUAUCCCCGGUUUUGAUGCCUUCCGCCGCAGUAGUGGUGAUGAUCAGCAGGGUGAGGAAGGUGGGACGGUAGAGGAGGAGGAGAUGGAUGCGUGGGCUUGGUUCCGGCAUGAUCGGGCUGCGGGUAGGUAUAAGUUGGUUGAAGAAGGGAUGGUAUCCCUGGCGAAGGGUAUUUCGGAGUGGAAGGAGGAGGGUGUCGCUGAGGGGGAGGAAGGGGGAGGGGUGGUGGAUGGGGUGCUUGGGUUCAGCCAGGGUGGAUGUGUCGCUGGCAUGCUGGCUGCUGCGCUGGAAGAAGGGAGGACGACGACGACGACGACGACGACGGGGGAGGAGGCGAAGGAGCAUGAAGGGUGGGUGAGGGCGGUGCGGGAGGCGAAUGGCGGGCGGCCGCUCAAGUUUGCCGUCGUCUACAGUGGGUUCUGGGCCACACCGGCGGAUCUCGGGUGGUUGUAUGAGCCCAAGAUCAGGACGCCCACGCUACAUGUCCUGGGCAGUCUGGAUACUGUCGUGGAGGAGAGCCGCAGCCAGGGCUUGGUCGAGAGGUGUGAAGAUCCCUUGGUGCUGACGCACCCGGGCGGGCACUACGUGCCGGUCAACAAGGAGUGGGUCAUGCCCGUGGCUGGGUUCAUCAAGAAGUGUGUGGAGAGCGCGGCCGACGCGACGAAGCUGUAG